UGUUGCUUCUGUUAGCUGACAACCUACACGCUUCAUUAUUGAGCAAGUGUGCUUUUUCUACAUCGUUCUUCCUGUGAGCUGACUUCUCUAUACGCUCCACUACUGAGCUUAGAGAGAGAGAGAGAGAGAUGGAGGCUCAAGGUGCCAUGGGCUCCCUCUUGACGAAGCUCGCUGAUCUGCUCGCCGACGAGUGUGGUCGUCUUAAAGGAGUCCGCCGCGAGAUCCGCUUCCUCCGGUCCGAGAUGAACAACAUGCAAGCACUGCUCCAGAAGUGCACCGCAAUGGAGCAUCCUGACAUCCAAGUGAAGGCCUGGACAAAGGAGGUGAGGGAGCUCGCAUACGACAUAGAGGACUGCGUGGACAAGUAUGUCCACAAAGUCGGCACCGGCGAGCACCAUGGCCUGGGAGGUAUCAAAGGGUUCUUACGCCAAUGCGCCUGGCGUCUGAAGACGCUGCGCGCUAAGCACCACAUCGCGAACCAGAUCCAAGAACUGAAGGCCCGUGUCAUCGAGGUGCGGGAGCGGCGUGAGAGAUACAAGCUUGAUGAUGUUGCUUCCAGUAGUUCCAGCAGUUUGCCGAGAGAUCCUCGCCUCUGCGCUCUUUUUGUGGAGGAGGAUCAUCUCGUAGGCAUUGAUGGACCAAGGGACGACCUAGUGAGCUGGCUAGUGGAGGGUGACACUGGGAGCAUAAGGCGUCGCAAGGUGCUGUCCAUCUUCGGCUUUGGCGGUUUGGGCAAGACCACACUUGCCAACGAGAUCCGCCGCAAGAUUGAAAAGCAGUUCGACUGUCAAGUUCUUGUUCCUGUUUCCCAGAAGCCGGAUUUCAAGAAAAUUCUCUGCGAUAUACUCCGUGGCAUAAAUAAGAAAGAUGAUGUUAUCAAAGAGACAGAAACAUGGGAUGAGAGAAGGCUUAUUGAAAAGAUCAGAGAAAUCCUACAGCAUAAGAGGUACCUCAUCACAAUUGAUGACGUGUGGUCUAUCGCUGCAUGGGAUCAACUGAAAUGCGCCCUACCGGAGAAUGAUAAUGGUAGCAGAGUAAUUACUACAACACGCAUCGAGUCUGUAGCCAAUGCGUGUUGCUCUCUUCCUGGUGAUCGAUGCUACAAAGUUGAACCACUUAGUGACUUCCACUCAACAAGUCUAUUUAUCAAAAGAAUUUUUGGCUCUGAGGAUGGAUGCCCUGUUCAACUUGAGCAUGCUUCAGCUGAAAUCCUACAAAAAUGCGGUGGCCUCCCCCUUGCUAUAGUUAGCAUAGCCAGCUUAUUGGCUAGCAAGUUGAUCAAGGCGAAGGAUCAAUGGGAGAAAGUCAGUUUGUCUAUAGGAUCUGCGUUAGGAAAAGAUCCUGAUCUCGAGGGCAUGAAAACUAUAUUGUCUCUCAGUUAUAAUGAUCUUCCCCACCAUCUCAAAACUUGUUUACUCUAUUUGUGUAUAUUUCCUGAGGACGAGUACAUUGAAAGAGAUAGUUUGGUAAGAAGAUGGAUAGCUGAAGGAUUCAUCAAUGAAGAACGUGGGCAAACUGUGGAGGAUGUUGCUGAAAGCUAUUUCAACGAGCUCAUCAACAGGAGUAUGAUCCUACCAGUGGACAUUGGCUAUGGAGUAAAGGCUUGUCGUCUGCACGAUAUGAUGCUGGAAUUUAUCACUUCAAAGGCAAUCGAGGAGAAUUUUGUCAUGAUCGUUGGUCCUAAUACAAUGUCAUCAAAACCAGAAGGUGUUGUUCGCCGGCUCUCAAUUCAAUAUCAUGGUCAGUUGGCACCACAAGAAAUGUCAUCGUUAUCCCAUGUUAGAUCACUGAGCGUCUUUGGUAACCGCCACAAACACACACUGCCAUUUGCUGAUUUAAGGGUUUUACGGGUCCUGAAUCUUGACUGUGAGUUGUAUGAUGUGGAUGAUUUGAAGAUGAUUUGCAAACUACAGCAGCUCAAAUAUUUGAGACUAAACGCCUCUGAGCUUCCUGCACAAAUUGGUGAGUUGCAAUGUCUGGAGACACUAGAAUGGACUAAGUACUCAUUGGGAAAGGUGCUGCCCCAAGGAGUUACUCGGCUACAACAUCUAAAGCAUCUUCUUGUUGAACAGGAUGGGAAGUUACCAGAAGGUGUCGGGAGCAUGCAAGCGCUCCAGACACUCUCACGUUUCAAUAUUUGUGACAGUUCAAUAACUGCAGUGCUUGAACUUGGCAAAUUGAAGAACUUGAGAGAGCUCUCUGUAUCAUGGAAUCUGGCUGAACCAAGCGAUGCAAGAUACAAGGAGUACUUCUUAUAUUCUCUCGCCAAAUUAGGCCGCCACAGCCUCCGAUCGCUAAACAUUGAGAGUGAAGCAGUUAUCCCUGUUGAUUUUUUGGCAUCUCUGUCACCGCCCUACCUCCUUCAAAAAUUCUGGAUGUGGAACUCUUAUUUUCAGAGGUGCCCCAAGUGGAUAGCACCACUCAAUAAUCUUGCAGAGUUAAAACUUGAUGUGUGGGAACUAGAGAACGAAGAUCUGCACGUUCUUGGAGAGCUCCCAGCUCUACAGAAUCUUCAGCUCUGGGUGGUCCCUCUCCGUAAAGAGAGGAUUGUCGUUAAGGGAACAGGUUUCCGAAGCCUUUUGGCAUUCCGCUUCUGGUCAGGAUUACCAUGCUUGACUUUCGAAGAAAGGUCCAUGCCAAAGCUCGAAACCCUUGAGUUGUUUUUCAGUGCCUGCGGGGCAAAAUCAUAUGGAAGAACACACUCUGGCAUUGAGCACCUCCAGAGUCUUAAGCAUGUCCAAGUUGAAAUUUUUAUGGAUGGUGCCACAAAAUCAAACAUUGUGGCUGCAGAGCGUAAAAUCAAGAUCGCCGUCGCUAAGCACCUGAACAAUCUCAAGACAAAUAUUGUUACUGGUAUCUACGGCUACUAUGGGGAGGUGAUGAAUGACGGCGAAGUUCUCCCUGCGCUUGAAUCUGAGGGUGGUGAUUGCUGACACUCAAAUGAGUGGGAACUAGUUACUAUCAGAUGGUGGUCAGUGCAAGUUCUUGCAGCGAAUCAACUAAAAUGUCAUGAGAAACAAUGAAUGAAUGCAAAGAUAUCUCCACGACAUUCCAAGCGUCAGAAGGAAGUUUCAACUUUGAAAGAAGUUGUUACCCUUGCGUCAAAACAAUUUUACUGUUCACAACUGGGGUGAAUGGUAGGGAUCCCAAUAUGGUACAAAUUGUUGAAGUGUUACUGCAUCGAGUCUGGAUAGCUAUUUUGAAUUGUAAAGGCUAUUGUUAGAGUGCUUUCAUCUCUAAUGUUAUUUUCAACUGUUUCCUCUCUUGAACUCAAAUAACGGUAUGAACCUUUGGAUUAAUCAACCUGAAUUUGGUCCCGUUUGUCCUAAUCUUUUUAGAGCAUUGACUUUCUCAUAUUUAUUUGGCCAUUGUUCAAUUCUGUUAUUCCAUCAAACUUCAAUAAGCUCAUUAAGGCCUGAUUUCGCCCCUCAACCACAUGUUCCAACUGUUAGCUUUGAUGGGGCCAUAGGGGAUACCUGCAGGCACAACCUUGUAA